UUCAAUAAAGAAAGUCAACGAAGGCAGGCUCGACGCUGACAAACGAGGGCGAGGCUAGCGGGCUUGGCACCAUUAGCCGAACGGACGGUAUGGCUUCUCGCCGGGUUGCUUGUCCCCAUGCCCAUUACACCUACCAGCAGACCCCACAAGGCCAUUACAACUUCAACUUACGAGUGCAAGGCCAGAGAACCGCCUCUGCUGCGCACUACGUCCGAAGCUACAAGCUACCUUGCUCCGCUACCUUUCUCUCACAACCAGCGAAUAGCUUCCAUCUCAGACCGACUUUAUCGCGCGCCGGGCAGCACUUCAAAUCUGUUCGGUUUCUCUACAACUCUCUACCGUCUUCCUCUACUCCCGUUUGCCACCAGUCUUCUCCGGAGUCAUCAUGUCGAACCAGGUCGUGGGCAAUGUAUACGAGCAGAUCAUCCAAAAGGUGAUCCAGUCGUCGCAGAAUGACUUUGAGGAGUUUGGCGUCGAUGUUACGACUCUGGAAGAGAUGAAGCAGGGAUGGCAAGAUAAGCUCACCAACCUCAAAAUCGCCUCCUUCCCAUGGGACCCACAGCCAGAACCCCCGCGUCAGCCGCCUACAGUACCAUCCAAUGUCAAGCAGGAUGCUGACCAUUCACCUGCCGUGGACCAUGCCAACUUCCCCAAUGUUGCUGUCAAGACCGAAAGAGGCUACGAACCCCCAGUCUCGGCAUACCCACAACAACCGCAGAACGGCUAUCAAGGAGGUUUCAACGGAGAUGUCGCAGCGCAAAGGGCGCAACAGCUCAUUGCUCAACGUCUCGGCCAGGUACCGCAAAAUAUGCAGAUGCCUAUGCAUCCUCAGCAGCAGCAGCAACCGCAGCAGCAGCCACGGGUGAUGCCAGGCCAAAACACAGCGCAGCAGAUCCCACCACAGCAGCAACGCCAACCUGGCCAAGCCUAUCCUCCACAGACAGAUGGUGCAGACGAUGGUAUCGCAGACUGGAAAGCGUUCCUUGCGGCAAGGGAGGCUGCCGGCGAAGAAGGCCGCAUCGCCGCUGACCAGCUGAUGCGCACUCGGGUGGAGGCCAUGAUGGCCGAUCAAGACAACGGCUUGGGCAUGCCGCUCCGUGAGAUGCCAAAGGGAAAGAAGCGUAAGGCUAUCAACCGGGUGCGCCAGUCACAACAAAUUGAGGCUUCGUCAUCUAGUUCUGCGACCGUUCCACGUGUCGCUCCUUUCGAUGGCGAGGACGAUGUCAAGUCGGAGGAAGAGAACCCUGAAGAUGCAAUCAACUCUGAUCUUGACGAUCCAGAGGAUGAUCUGGACGGCGCCGACGGAAGUGAUGAUGAGAUGGUCGACUAUAUGCUCUGUACCUACGACAAGGUGCAGCGUGUCAAGAACAAGUGGAAGUGCAUUCUCAAGGACGGUAUCUUGACCACGAACAAGAAGGAGUUCUUGUUCCACAAAGCAAACGGCGAAUUCGAGUGGUAAACAAUCCCACAUUGAACUCCUGCCAACUACUUCCUCGUCCUUAAACUACUACAACUUGUACCAUACAAAAUCAUUUUCUCGGCUAUUCCAGCAUGACCAUGCUUGCCUCCUCGACUUUCUCGGCCUGGCCACUCAAACCUCGAUUUCUAAAUUGGAUAUCUCGAGCGCUCUCUAGCGCCUUAACCACUCAUCAUGACCACAAUCUCAUCAAAUCACGCACUGCAGAGAUCACGCAAGAAGUAGGCACAGAGCUGCUAUACUUCCCUGCCAUCC